UAUUAUCACACGUAAUCAACAUGCAAAGUAUAGUCCAAUCUCUUCCUCCUUUAUAUUUACUUUUUCACACUCCCCCAUUAAUAAUUAACACUUCAUUCUCCAUAGAAAAAGAGUUGAUCACCAAAAGGAUGGCUCAGAUUCAACCAGCUGCUAGACAUGAGGAGCACCAGCAGUUGUCACGUCAAGUGGCUAAGACUACUACUGCUGUGACGGUGGGUGGUUCAUUGAUGGUGUUGUCUGGGUUGACAUUGGCUGCUACUGUUAUUGGGCUUGUUGUUGCUACCCCUUUGUUGGUUAUUUUUAGUCCUGUUCUUGUCCCUGCUGCCAUUACUGUUUUCAUGAUACUUGGUGGGUUGUUGGCUGCUACUGGGUUUGGUGCUACUGCUACUUUUGUUUUCUACUGGAUGUACAGGUACACAACUGGGAAGCACCCAAUUGGAGCAGAUAAGUUGGAUUAUGCAAGAGAUAGGCUAGCCCAUGCAGCCCAAGACAUCAAGGACAAAGCUGAGCAAUUGGGACAUCAGGCUCAGCAACAGGUUAAGACUACUUGAAAGAGUUUUCAAGUUUGUUCAAGGAAGAAAGGGUUGUUUCAUGCAAGUUUGUACCUUUUCAAUUUAUGUUGUUUUUGUCUGAACAGUUGUGUGUUGGAAUGUGAGUUAUCAUGCGCUGUUGUUGGUUUGGAUCUUGUGGUGGAGUUUAUGAAUGUGACUUGUAGCAGCAUUUGCUUUUGGUUUAA